AAUAAAGUAUAAAAGAGUUCUGUAAUACUCUGAUCAGUAUCAGAACUCAAGAUGAAAGUAUUGGCUGGUUUGGUUUUUCUGCUGACCGUCGGUCCCCUGUUCUCUCUUAUAAUCAACCCAGAAAGAAAUGAUUGCGCAAAAAGGGGCGGGAUAACCCCACAAUAUUUGAAAGAUUAUCCCACCAGUACUAGGGUCAAGUGCUUCUAUGCUUGUGAAUUGGAAAGGCUCGAAGUAAUUGUCAAUGGCGUGGUCGGCGAUUUCAAUUUGUCCGUACUUAACAUAACCCUGAAUCUCUAUGAGCAUGAGCAUAUAGGUAUAAAGAUUAAGCCAUGUCUGACAAUUUCGGAUCCCAACAAAUGUGAACUCGGCUAUAAGGUAUUCGCCUGCUUAAAAAGGCACCUUCCAGAUUUGUAAAAAAUGCCGAACUUGAUUUUAAUAAAUUGAGUAUGCUACAGAGACCAUGUUCUCUAGUACCAUUUGCACAAUAA